AUGGCCGAUCACCACAUGCCUGCGCCUCGGUCCGCAGGAUAUUAUUCAGCGAGUCGAGACGGACGACGAGAUGGCCCUGCGACGCCAGAGCGCCGGCGGAAUAGCAGCCACGAGAUGGGCAAGCCGGGGAAUGCGUCCAGUCAGCGCGAUGACAGCUUCUCUCCCCACGACGACUCGUUCCACGACGACGAUGCCUUGAGCCCUCGCCGAGAGGCCUCCCCGUACGCCGACGACGGACAUGGCCACCGAGAAGAGCGGGCGCAGAAGAAGCACAAGGGUCGGUUAGGCGGAGGCUUCUUGCUACACGAUGCUUUUGGUGGAGGACGAUCUCGUCGACAGCGGGCUGCCCACACGCCAGGUCCAGCUCCUCAGCUACAGCUAGGCGUCGGUCGUGAUGCUGCUUUCCAGGCUUCUCCUGGCCCUGGACAUGAUAUGGGCAUGCGAAACUCGUCUGCGCCUAUUCGGCGAUCUGGCGAAGAGCCUGCAAACUCACCUCCGAACACUGGGCAUUCCGCCGACGGCAGGCUAUACUCGGACUCGCACCAUCAGGAAUCGCUCGCUGCUCCGGAUCUCGAUUCCACACAGAUUGUGCACAUGGCUCUCAGUCUUAGCGAAAACCGCCGUCUCGCCUCUCGACGAAAUGCCUCUCGGACAGCUGCCCCCCCGCGGCUUACACCCAUCCCAGACGCAUCCUCUUCAAGCAACAUCAGACAGCAUCUCCAGCAGCAGCGAAAGCUUUCGCGCACCGAUUCUCCCAGCUUACUGCAAGAGCCGUCGGCCCUGGUUCCUGUAUCCAGAAACAGCGGCAACUUUCAGUCCUCGUUUGAGUCUACCCACGAUGCGCAAUACCGCUGGCAAUUUUCUGCCUCGACUCUAGCCAGAGCCCACAAAGCCAAAGUACAUCUCGAGCUGUGGGCUCAGUACAGGCGACUGCUUGAUGUACUGCCACCCCUCAAGCCAGGACUCGAAAGACCGUCGUCGGGGAGGCAGUACAACCCCUUGCAGUAUAUUCGGAAUCGCAAAGUGCGGGCACGUGAGAGGAAGGUCAUUGACGGACAGCGGCAGGGGUUCAGCGAUGUAGAGUGUGUUAGAUCAUGGGUUGAUACCGUUUAUCGACAAAUGUCGCUGGCCGGGACGUCGCUUGUCGAUGAGAGACCUUCCAUACCUCCCUAUCAAUACGCUGAAGAUGUCGAUCUGCAGAACUCGCCCUCGGAGGCUGUAGCGAGGCCUCGGCGGCCAAGAGUGGACUGGAUCUUGGACCCUUGCGAUGUGAUUGCUGAUGCAUACUGGCUGGAGCAGAACGGGCACAAGCAUCUUAUUGAAGACCGUCAUUGGCGAAAGAUUUUCCCGCCGCCUGCGACAUCAGACUUGAGUAGGCCGUUAUCUCGAGAAGUAGAUGAUACUAGCAGCAAGAUCUCGCCGUUCACAACAAGAGACAACAGAGACAAUGAGUUAACCGAAACCAUUACUGAGGGGAAAGAAUUUGGGUUGUCCAAAGUUCGCUCGGAAUUGUCUCAUAGCAGUACAAAGGAGCGUGCCAAACAGAAGCUACAGAACAUCAAAGGAUUCCACCACCGGCAUGGAAGCGCCGGGCAUGGCCACGAUAUAGUAAUGCGAAUGAAGAAAGAUUCUGGAUCUGAAUAUUCAGACAGCGACGACAGCGAGCCAAAGAGGAGGAUGCGACCUGUUCGCAAGGGAACAAUUUCCAGCAACUCAAACGACCUGCUGCAGAAGCAAAUGAUGGAAAUGGUGGCCAAGGAAGCACGUGAAAGAGAACUUGAAGAUAUGGCUCUGGCGAACGAGAGCGCCGAUGACCAGAGUGUUGAGGCACAAGACAUGAGGCGAAUUUCACAACCGCCGUCCCGAUUUACUAGCAGGAGAGGUUCUCUGGCGGAAAUAAGCGACUCAGAACGCAAACUUGCUGUGUUUGAAAAGGUCAAAAAGAGCUCUCCCUCGCGCCUGAGUCUCGAUGCCAAUUAUCUUUCGUCAUCUCCAGGCAAACGGGCUUCGUUUCCCAACUCACCGGAAAUCCUGCCGCUUCGCAAUGGCAAGUCUGAGUCAGUUGCCAGCGCUGAUCCUUCACCACCCUGGAGCCGAUCAACAUCUCCCACAAGAAACCCCUUCAGCAAGAUUAAGUCAAUCAUUCGAGACAAGAACGACGACACUUAUGUACUCGAUGAAGUUGAAGAUGAGGGAGAAGGGCGAUCGUCAAAGCGUGACAAACUUUUGGCACGAACCGACAGCGGUAAAAGCGCCCGCAACACGGGAAGCAUGCGGCUGAGAGCCGACGAAAACGUUGGCUUGAGAGGCAUGUUCAAGGGGCCGCGUAUUGAUAACGUGCUUCGAGGAGGUGUUUCCAAGUUGGGAGACAUUAUCCGUAAGAAAGAGGGAUCUGGUGAAGCACCCGACCUCGACACAACGGAUGAGUCUGAUAGUGAUAGAAUCAGGGGGCGCAAAUCCGCACCCUUUUCUCUGUCGCGAAAGCCUUCCACUAGGGCACAGGAAGUACAGCACCAACCGAAGCACUUUCUUGAUACGAUGCCUCAAUUUCAUCGUAUGCCUAGCUUUCGCCACGCCGCUAAUGGUGGUGAGAAGCUCACUGCUGCUGCUGAUUCUGGCGCAGAAACUCCCGGUCGUCGGGCCACCGAACUUGAUCUUCUCCGACCUCCGCUGAUUAAAAUCCGGAGCGCAUCAUCAUCUGGGUCUUCUCCGGUACAGAAACCUCGCAUAGGAGACUCGGACGUCUCUGAGUCCGAAUCCUUGUUGAACAACAGUAGUACUGCCCCCGACGCUGCAGACAAGCGUGGGUAUUCAGCCCUUUCACUCAGCGACAAGGAUAACCAGCAUCGACGACUGCCGGGCGAGCAUUGGUCAAUUGCGGACCGUGGCUUUCCUGGCCAGACGAGGCUUUCGAAACGCGAAGUCGCCAGGAUGCGGGCUCUGAUUCUCAGCUCCGGCGUCAAGGCGAUGGAACUGCGCCGUCGCGCCAACGAGCAGCACAAGCCGUUCAGCAAGGAGAAUCUCGCCCUGAACGCGGCCACCUCCCCGAACGAACCGGGCGGCGUCCCUUGGUCGGACAUUGCCAGGCUUACCCCCAAGCAAGCCCAGCUCAGCCUCCAGCUGCACGACCAGCAGGUGCCUUUCUGCGAGGUAUAUCCUCUUGCUGCUCGCACUCUGGGCGUUGCCAUCCAGACGUGGGGCCAGAGGUGGCAGUCUUCGGCGGACUACUUCCGGGACAAGACGACGCAUGACCUUCGCACGCGCGUUUGGGAGGUUCGUACGCAUAUUGCGGAUGAUUUGUCUGAGCUGGCGCGCAAGGCUGCUGACGAGGCGGACGAGACGAGCCGCGACUUGAUGCUCGGCCAGCCUCUCAAGAUCAAGCACGUCAUUGACACCAUGGACAAGAUGUUGCGUACGCGGCGUAGAAGAUUCCGUUGGUUGAGGCGUGGGCUCUGGCUUACGGUGGAGUGGCUUCUCGUGGGCUUCAUGUGGUAUGUCUGGUUCAUGGUGAUGAUACUGCGCAUCUUCCUCGGCAUCGGCAAGGGGGCUUUGCGGGGCGUCAAAUGGCUUCUCUGGCUGUGA